AUGUCCUUCCCACGUCCACCCUCCCCAUUCCAUCUAUUCACUCCCAACCCCCACCCCCAUCCCAUCCCGCCCACACUCCAAUUCCCUCCCCGUCCCUCCUUCCCUUCACCCCCCCCUUCCCAACCAACCCUCCCCACCCCGUCCACCCUCGUCCGGUCCUCCUCUCUUCCCGUCUCUCUUCCCACCUCCACUCCUUCUUCCCUCCCCACUCCCUCACUCACUCGCUCAUGCCCUCGCUUCGUAUACAAGGCGUUUGACGAGGUGGACGGGAUAGAGGUGGCGUGGAACCAGAUGAAGGUGCGGGACGUGUUCCAGUCCAAUGAGGAUCUCGAGAGACUCUAUAGCGAGGUGCAUCUGCUCAAGACCCUUCGCCAUAAGAACAUAAUCAAGUUCUUCAACUCCUGGGUGGAUGCCAAGACCAAGAACGUCAACUUUAUCACAGAGGUUUUCACCUCUGGCACACUUAGGCAGUACCGCAAGCGGCACAAGCAGUGCGACGUGCGGGCGGUGAAGAGCUGGGCGCGGCAGAUCCUGCGCGGGCUGCUGUACCUGCACUCGCACGACCCGCCCAUCAUCCACCGCGACCUCAAGUGCGACAACAUCUUUGUCAACGGCCACCAGGGGGAGGUCAAGAUCGAGGACUUGGGUCUGGCCGCCAUUCUGCACCAGCGCGACGCCGCGCACAGCGUGAUUGGCACGCCCGAGUUCAUGGCGCCGGAGCUGUACGAGGAGGAGUAUAACGAGUUGGUGGACAUAUACGCGUUCGGCAUGUGCGUGCUGGAGAUGGUGACGCUUGAGUACCCCUACAGCGAGUGCACCAACGCCGCGCAGGUCUACAAGAAGGUCACCUCCGGCAAGAAGCCUCUGGCGCUGCAGCGAGUGAAGGACACAGCUCUGCGCGAGUUCAUAGAGCUCUGUCUCGCCUCUGCCUCUCGCCGCCCGUCAGCUCGAGAGCUUCUCAACCACCCUUUCCUUGUGGAACCCCACCGGCCCUCCCCUGGCCUUGCCUACGCCUCCUCCUCCGUCGCUGCUUCCUCUCCCACUCUCGCUGCAGCGGUGCCCUCAGUGGUGCCUGUGCCGUCCGUGCUGCCCCCUGCAGCAGCAGCGGAAGCAGCAGCAAGCAUUCGCACCAAUGGCAGCACGAUCAGCAGCAGCGGCAGUGGGAGUGGUGCUGUGACUACUGCCUUGCAUCCGUCUCUCUCUGCUCCGUCUCUGCCGCUAGGAGGAGGAGCACACGUGGCAGUGCAGGGGGGCGCUGGAACGGGGAAGGAGCGAGCAGGGGGGAAGGAACAGGAUGAGUAUGAGUAUGGGAAUGGGGAUGAGGAUGAGUAUGAGGAUGGGGAUGAGUAUGAGGAUGGGGAUGAGUAUGUGGAUGGGGAUGGGGAUGAGUAUGAGGAUGGGGAUGGGGAUGAGUAUGAGGAUGGGGAUGGGGAUGGGGAUGGGGAUGAGUAUGAGGAUGGAGAUGAGUAUGAGGAUGGGGAUGGGGAUGAGUAUGAGGAUGGGGAUGGGGAUGGGGAUGGGGAUGGGGAUGGGGAUGGGGAUGGGGAUGGGUAUGGGGAUGGGGAUGGGGAUGGGGAUGAUCGAGCUGCUCUUUCUCGCCCUAGUGCUCUCUUGCAUUCACAGUCCCACCUACACAUGCCAGCACGAACACACAGUGGGGCGACUUCCGAGGCACCUCAAACCUCGCACUCCCACGUGUAUAUGUCAGCCCUUGGCGGGAGGGAGAAGCAGGGCAGGAGCAGCGGGCAUGGGAGCAGCAGUGGGAAGCGUGCCGCUGGCGCUAGUGGCAGUGACGCACGGAGCAGCAAUGGGGGUAAUGAGGGCAGUGGGAUCACUGGGGUGAAGGGGGUGAGAGGGGGCAGUGAGGAAAGUGCCGCCAACCGUGUUAAGCACAGGGUUGCUGGCGACUUCUCUGCCCGUGAGCUGGUAUUCUCCUCCAGGCGCUCUGCUGCUGCUGCUGCUGCUGCUGCUGCUGCUGGUGGUGGUGUUGGUGGCAUUGAUGCUGCUUCUGGUGCUGCUGCUGAUUCAAUGCAAUUCGGCGAGAGAGCAGCUGCAUUGCAGGUGGUUGGGCAAAACGCGGGUCCUGCAUGGGGUAGGGGCACAGGGCGGCAGGAAGAGGGGCAGCAGGAGGAGGGGAAUGGGGAGGGUGUGGGCACACAGCAGCAGCUUAUAGACCCUGCGUGCGUGUGCCUGCGCCUGAGAGUGGCGGAUGGCAAAGGUCGCUCACAGGUCAUCCAGUUCCCCUACAGCGUCGCCUCAGACUCGCCCUCCAGUGUGGCCCAUGAGAUGGUGGAGGCCUUCUCUCUGCCCUCCUCUGCCCAGCAGCAGCAACAGCAGCAACAGCAGCAGCAGCAACAGCAGCAGCAGCAGCAGCAGCAGCAGCAGCAGCAGCAGCAGCAGCAGCAGCAACAGCAGCAGCAGCAGCAGCAGCAGCAGCAGCAACAGCAGCAGCAGCAGCAGCAGCAGCAGCAGCAGCAGCAGCAGCAGCAGCAACAGCAGCAGCAGCAGCAGCAGCAGCAGCAGCAGCAGCAGCAGCAGCAACAGCAGCAGCAGCAGCAGCAGCAGCAGCAGCAGCAGCAGCAGCAGCAGCAGCAGCAGCAGCAGCAGCAGCAGCAGCAGCAGCAGCAGCAGCAGCAGCAGCAGCAGCAGCAGCAGCAGCAGCAGCAGCAGCAGCAGCAGCAGCAGCAGCAGCAGCAGCAGCAGCAGCAGCAGCAGCAGCAGCAGCAGCAGCAGCAGCAGCAGCAGCAGCAGCAGCAGCAGCAGCAGCAGCAGCAGCAGCAGCAGCAGCAGCAGCAGCAGCAGCAGCAGCAGCAGCAGCAGCAGCAGCAGCAGCAGCAGCAGCAGCAGCAGCAGCAGCAGCAGCAGCAGCAGCAGCAGCAGCAGCAGCAGCAGCAGCAGCAGCAGCAGCAGCAGCAGCAGCAGCAGCAGCAGCAGCAGCAGCAGCAGCAGCAGCAGCAGCAGCAGCAGCAGCAGCAGCAGCAGCAGCAGCAGCAGCAGCAGCAGCAGCAGCAGCAGCAGCAGCAGCAGCAGCAGCAGCAGCAGCAGCAGCAGCAGCAGCAGCAGCAGCAGCAGCAGCAGCAGCAGCAGCAGCAGCAGCAGCAGCAGCAGCAGCAGCAGCAGCAGCAGCAGCAGCAGCAGCAGCAGCAGCAGCAGCAGCAGCAGCAGCAGCAGCAGCAGCAGCAGCAGCAGCAGCAGCAGCAGCAGCAGCAGCAGCAGCAGCAGCAGCAGCAGCAGCAGCAGCAGCAGCAGCAGCAGCAGCAGCAGCAGCAGCAGCAGCAGCAGCAGCAGCAGCAGCAGCAGCAGCAGCAGCAGCAGCAGCAGCAGCAGCAGCAGCAGCAGCAGCAGCAGCAGCAGCAGCAGCAGCAGCAGCAGCAGCAGCAGCAGCAGCAGCAGCAGCAGCAGCAGCAGCAGCAGCAGCAGCAGCAGCAGCAGCAGCAGCAGCAGCAGCAGCAGCAGCAGCAGCAGCAGCAGCAGCAGCAGCAGCAGCAGCAGCAGCAGCAGCAGCAGCAGCAGCAGCAGCAGCAGCAGCAGCAGCAGCAGCAGCAGCAGCAGCAGCAGCAGCAGCAGCAGCAGCAGCAGCAGCAGCAGCAGCAGCAGCAGCAGCAGCAGCAGCAGCAGCAGCAGCAGCAGCAGCAGCAGCAGCAGCAGCAGCAGCAGCAGCAGCAGCAGCAGCAGCAGCAGCAGCAGCAGCAGCAGCAGCAGCAGCAGCAGCAGCAGCAGCAGCAGCAGCAGCAGCAGCAGCAGCAGCAGCAGCAGCAGCAGCAGCAGCAGCAGCAGCAGCAGCAGCAGCAGCAGCAGCAGCAGCAGCAGCAGCAGCAGCAGCAGCAGCAGCAGCAGCAGCAGCAGCAGCAGCAGCAGCAGCAGCAGCAGCAGCAGCAGCAGCAGCAGCAGCAGCAGCAGCAGCAGCAGCAGCAGCAGCAGCAGCAGCAGCAGCAGCAGCAGCAGCAGCAGCAGCAGCAGCAGCAGCAGCAGCAGCAGCAGCAGCAGCAGCAGCAGCAGCAGCAGCAGCAGCAGCAGCAGCAGCAGCAGCAGCAGCAGCAGCAGCAGCAGCAGCAGCAGCAGCAGCAGCAGCAGCAGCAGCAGCAGCAGCAGCAGCAGCAGCAGCAGCAGCAGCAGCAGCAGCAGCAGCAGCAGCAGCAGCAGCAGCAGCAGCAGCAGCAGCAGCAGCAGCAGCAGCAGCAGCAGCAGCAGCAGCAGCAGCAGCAGCAGCAGCAGCAGCAGCAGCAGCAGCAGCAGCAGCAGCAGCAGCAGCAGCAGCAGCAGCAGCAGCAGCAGCAGCAGCAGCAGCAGCAGCAGCAGCAGCAGCAGCAGCAGCAGCAGCAGCAGCAGCAGCAGCAGCAGCAGCAGCAGCAGCAGCAGCAGCAGCAGCAGCAGCAGCAGCAGCAGCAGCAGCAGCAGCAGCAGCAGCAGCAGCAGCAGCAGCAGCAGCAGCAGCAGCAGCAGCAGCAGCAGCAGCAGCAGCAGCAGCAGCAGCAGCAGCAGCAGCAGCAGCAGCAGCAGCAGCAGCAGCAGCAGCAGCAGCAGCAGCAGCAGCAGCAGCAGCAGCAGCAGCAGCAGCAGCAGCAGCAGCAGCAGCAGCAGCAGCAGCAGCAGCAGCAGCAGCAGCAGCAGCAGCAGCAGCAGCAGCAGCAGCAGCAGCAGCAGCAGCAGCAGCAGCAGCAGCAGCAGCAGCAGCAGCAGCAGCAGCAGCAGCAGCAGCAGCAGCAGCAGCAGCAGCAGCAGCAGCAGCAGCAGCAGCAGCAGCAGCAGCAGCAGCAGCAGCAGCAGCAGCAGCAGCAGCAGCAGCAGCAGCAGCAGCAGCAGCAGCAGCAGCAGCAGCAGCAGCAGCAGCAGCAGCAGCAGCAGCAGCAGCAGCAGCAGCAGCAGCAGCAGCAGCAGCAGCAGCAGCAGCAGCAGCAGCAGCAGCAGCAGCAGCAGCAGCAGCAGCAGCAGCAGCAGCAGCAGCAGCAGCAGCAGCAGCAGCAGCAGCAGCAGCAGCAGCAGCAGCAGCAGCAGCAGCAGCAGCAGCAGCAGCAGCAGCAGCAGCAGCAGCAGCAGCAGCAGCAGCAGCAGCAGCAGCAGCAGCAGCAGCAGCAGCAGCAGCAGCAGCAGCAGCAGCAGCAGCAGCAGCAGCAGCAGCAGCAGCAGCAGCAGCAGCAGCAGCAGCAGCAGCAGCAGCAGCAGCAGCAGCAGCAGCAGCAGCAGCAUGUGCUGACUCCUCUCUCCCUCCAGACUCCCCGUUCUCACUCGCUCCCACCUCCUUCCCCCCGCCUCUCAUCCUCCCUCCGCCUCUCUCCACCGCCUCUUCCAAUGCCACCAGCACUUUCGCUUCUGCCCUCGCCUCUCCCCACUCGCCCAUGUGUGAUCCCCACGCCACGUGCGUCUGUAGCAGCAGUGACGCAGCUGGAUGGAGAGGUUGAGGAGGGUGCGUGGGCAGGUGCGGAAGAGAAGGGGAAGGAAAGGAGUGACUAUAAGGAGGACAGGGAGAGGGGUGACAGUUUGGUACCUGCUGUGCUGCCAGAUAAGGGGCAUGGCAAGGGGGGUGAGCCGAUGGGUGGUAUGGGCGUGGCCGAUACUUGCCCUGCUUGCAAGGAAAACGAGACCAAAAACAUAAUGGGGAAGACUUUUGAGUCGACUCAAAAGUCAGCUCGUAUGGGCGUGGCCGAUACUUGCCCUGCUUGCAAGGAAGAGAGGGAGAACGAGACCAAAAACAUAGUGGGGAAGAGGGCAGAGGAGAGGGAGGGGAGUGCCAAGACAGAGGUUGGGGAUUGUGAAGACUCAGGCCAGUCAGAGAGUGUGGCUGUGGUGGAAGGUGACAGUAUCGAAGGCUCGUAUGGGUGGGGCGGGCAUGCUUGUAGAGAGGGUGAUUACAGAAAGAGUGCGUAUAAUGCGGAAAGGAUGGUAUCUCUAGAUGCGGGAGGAAACAGGGCAGCAGAGCAGGGGGGCGGGGGGGAGUCUGGUAGUGUGGGAGGAGAGGGGAGCAAUGGACGUACAGUUGAGGCGUGCGCGUGUGUGUUUGAACCACUGAUGUCACCAGUCGAUUCAGAAGUGGAGGCACGGGUUGUGGCAGCAGCAGAGGAGCUAGGUCGGAGGGGGGAAGGGAGUGCUGUGGUGGAGGAAGGGCAGUGGAUGGUGCAGGGGCAUGCAGUGGAGUGUGCAUUGGAUAGCUCUAGCUCGCCUGGAGCGGCGGCGAAGGGCGUUCACAGAGGCUCUUCUGAGGAGCCUGUCUCUCGGGGAAGAGAAGAGGAAGGUGAUGGAGGAGUGGGAGAUGUGGAAGGGAAGAGGGAGAUGAGAACGGGGGAUGAGGGGAAGGAGGGGCGGUUGAAGGAGGAGGGAACGGGGCAGGAGGAGAAGGGGGAGAAGCAGAAGGAGGAAGCGGGUGAAUCGGAGGAGGAGAGGGAGGAGUUGGUGCGUUGCGAUGCGGCAUUGCUGGAGGAUAUGGAGAGGGAGAUUGAAAGUGUGCGAGCCAAGUACAGGGAGAGGAGGGAGCAGCUGCAUGCAACGUGGAGGGAGAGGAGGGCAGUGAGGAUGCGAGGGGAGCAGCAGCACCACCAGGCCUCUUUGGUUUGGAGCGGACGCACAGACACUGCAUAG